UCCCAUUAGCGAAUACCUGAAAGUUUAUUAUGUGACUAUAAAUACAUCCUUCAAAGCAAACCUCGUGCCCCUCACCAGGGGGCGCUCCCGCAUUAUCACAUGGUUAUUCCAAAGGACGAUCGCUUCCGGGUGCUGAAGCGCACAACAAUCAGGCGGAUCGUGGCGACUCUUUUACAGAUUACGACGUUGUCGGACGUUGCAGUGAAAUAUUUCCUACCUACGGAGAACAUCACGCUGUAUUCACGACUUUAUCCCGACAUCUAGUGUAGUUUAUUAACGGAACCUAUUGGAUGUCUGUAUUACUGGGUUACGCGCUCUCGGCGUACUGCCCCACAUCUCCCAACAGCUGCAUGCAGCUACUGUAAGGGCGAUUCCUGUUCUGACGGGCCAUGGGCGCGGACGGCGCCCCCUGGCGGAAGGUGCUGUAUGAGCGCCAAUCCUUCCCGGAUAACUACGUGGACAGUCGCUUCCUGGAGGAAUUGCGGCGCAAUGUGGGUGUGCGGAGAUACCGCUACUGGGCCGUGGUGCGGGAGGCAGGCCUGGUGGCUCAGCAGCUGUCCUGUGUGGCUGUGGUUCUCACGUUGUGGUCCUACAUGGAUCAGGGGCAGCUGACCCCAGCCACACUGCUGCUGGGCAGCGUGCUGUGUGCCCUGUUAGGCUACGGGUUGUACCGUGCCCUGGGCAGGGGCCACAGCGGGGAGCGGACGCGCUGCGCCGACCUUCAGAGCGCCACCAUCUUCAUGGCCUUUACCUUUGGCUUCUCGCCGGUGCUGAAGACGCUGACAGAGUCGGUGAGCACGGAUACUGUGUACGCCAUGGCGGCGCUCAUGCUUCUAGCUCACCUGGUGUCCUUCCCCUACGCCCAGCCCAGCCCGCCAGGCAGCUUGUCGCUCAACGCGGCCCUCUUUGCGUCUGUGUGCCUGGCCUCCCGCCUGCCAGGCGCGCUGUACGUCUUCGCCAUGAUGACGUGCGCCAUACUGGUGUUUGCUCUCUGGCCCUGUCUGCUGCACCGCCUGCGUGACGUGGCCCCGUGCACCUUCCCCUGGGCGGCGGCGCUGGUGUCACUGGGGGGUGUGGCCGGCCUGGCCAGUCUGUCCCCGGGGGGCGCUCUGCUUCUGACCCUGACGCUGCUGGCUCUGACUCUGCUCUGCCCCCUGCUGCUGCUGUGGCUGCAGAGGCACAAGGACAACAUCCACGGGCCCUGGGACGAGGCGGAGAUCCACGAGGACCUGUCUCGCAUCCUGCGGGGGAAGGACUGACAGCGCCAUCCUCAGGACACGGCUGGAGAGCAGAAUGCCGGCAGUGCCGACAUUGCGGCCCCCCUUUGUAGCACGCGCCACGAUCCAACCCCAUUUAGUGAAUGAGAUGGAAAGAGCUACAUGCUAAAAUGGUCCAGAUGAGCCUGCGAACUGGCAGAGGUUUAGUUUAAUGCAUCAAAUACUGAAAAAUCUAUACUUGAUAGUUGAAUGUGUUUUCUGUUUAGAUAUGUUUUAAACAAACUUGUCACAGACUUAAUGUAUAUGUGACAGGAGUAGAUUACUUUAUGGUUUUUAAUGGGAAGAGCUCAGUAUUAUUUUCUCAUUUUUUUACGAUGGCUGAUACAUGAUUUAAGAAUAUGGGAAUCGUGAGGCUUGUUUUGUUUUUCUGCUCAUGUCUCCAUCUUCUUGGUGGUCAGGACCGUCUAACCUUCAUGUCCCCAUCAGACAAGGGCAUCACAGUGAUCAUUGUUUGUGAGAGAUCCUCCGGUAGCUGCCAUAGUCCCAGGAAUCCUCAUCAUCAUUGUGCAGUACACAGGUGUCACCACUAGGAGUCACCUCCGUGUUUCACUUCAGCUGCUGAUCCUCUGCAGCCCAGCAGAAUUGGGGGAAUCCCACAGAUUAUACCAGAUUGUUUCUCCAGGAAAGGAUGAGAAGCAUUUUCCAGCCUCACAUGCAUUUAAUGUGUUGACAGAAAUAUAUAAAGUUUAGACAACUGGUUAGUGUGUUAACGUAUGAGGUAGUUCUAUGUAUAAAGAAAAACACAUGCUUUGCUAAAACUAUUCUGUUCUAAACUGAAUUUUUAAGCAGUCUUUCUCCCCCUAUUUUUGACAUCAUGUUAUGAAAUACUAGAGCUCUUUGUACUGAAAACUAAAAAUGAAAAAUA